AUGAAAGUGCGUGGCUCCGUGUUCGUCUCGGCACUGCUGCUGUGUCAGGUCCUCUCCGUGGGACUGUUCCUCAGAGGCUUCUUUCCUGCGGCCGUCAAGUCCUCCCCCCGCAGCAGCAGCUCAGACCGCAGCGCGGAGCCACUGGCAGGUGGGCUCCUGAACUCUUCCUCAUCGCCUCCUCAUGCGCUCUUUGGUCGUGUGGUCAUCAUGUUGGUGGAUGCGCUCAGAGAGGACUUCCUGUUUGGGUCACAUGGUCACACACACAUGCCGUACACACGCCACCUGGUGGAGAGAGGCGCCUCACACAGCUACGUGGCUAAAGCGCGGGCGCCAACGGUUACCAUGCCACGUAUCAAGGUAGACACACUUAGACACACUCAUUGA